AUGAAGUACUCACUCAGCACCCUCCUCUUCGCCGCGGCCGCCGCCGUCGUCUCCGCCACCCCCGUUGCCAACUUCGAAAACGGCUUCAACAUGGGCGCUACAAACCCCGACGGGUCCUGCAAGACCACCGCCGACUGGACCAAGGACUUCCAGACUGUCCAGGGCUGGUCCACCAGCACCGUCAAGUACAACACCUUCAAGCUGUACUCCACCAACGACUGCGACACCCUGAAGAUGGCUGUCCCUGCCGCCCAGGCGGUUGGCGCAAAGAUCUGGGCCGGUGUAUGGGCCGUUGAUGAGGCAAAGUUCAACGCCGAGAAGGCCGCUUUGGAGUAUGCCAUGCAGACAUGGGGAACCGACUGGUUGGCUGGUGUCAAUGUUGGCUCCGAGUCACUGUACAGAAUGGAGAUUGACCCCACCAAGCUUGCUAUCCAGAUCUGGGACGUCAAGGGGAUGGUCAAUGAGGCGUACAAGGCCGGUGUCCUGGUUGGAUGUGCGGACACUUGGACCUCAUGGGUCAACGGCACCAACGCCAUCGUCAUUGAGGCUUCUGAUAUCAUCAUGAUGAACGGCUUCCCCUACUGGCAGGGAUCCACCAUCGAGCAGGCCAAGGACAUCUUCUACCAGUCCAUUGCCGCCACCAAGGCUGUCAUCAACGGCAAGCCCUUCAUGAUCGGCGAGACCGGCUGGCCCACUGGCGGUGACAACUUCGGCUCUGCCGUCCCCACUGUUGACAACCUCCAGGCAUACUGGAAGUCUGCCACCUGUGCUCUCCAGACCGAUAACAUCCCGUACUUCUUCUUCAGCACCUUCGAUGAGCCCAACCGCUCUGCCGGUGUUGAGCAGCACUUUGGCGUCGCUAACAGCGACAAGUCGUUGAAGAUCUCUUUGGCUUGCUAA